CGGAGGUUGUCCAAUCACUGUGCAUGUAUCAAGUAAAUGUUACAGCGCCUCAAGCUUUUUAGCCAAUCACAGGCAGUGUUGUGCACGUACCACUGGCGCGCGCUAUUUUGAGCUUCAGGUGUAGUAAUCUGUCGUCAACAACUGAAUGUUUCAGAGGAAAACACAGGUUUUUGCUGUAUGCAUACAAUUUUGACUCACAGUAAGGUGAUAUCUUUCAGUGGGAAGAGUUACAGAAAAUUCAAGGAGUGUGCAGAUCUUUGGAAGGACGUCAGUUUUGGGUUUGAACUAGAAAACAAAAUUGCUGCGAUUGCGGUCAACUGCGACUUUGACUCGUUCGAGCUGCAGACAGAGCAGUACUCGCCCGGAGCCUCCGGCGGAGGAGUGUACCAGGCCAGGGAGGUGUUCGAACUGCAACAAGUUCAACAAAAAAGAGGUAUGUCCAACCAGGAUACCAUGCGGGCUGCUACAGGCACUUCUGCAACAUUACAACAAACAAGUGAGCACAGAUGACAUCAAGGCAAAGAAGGAACAAUAUUUAACACAUUGUAUGUCACAUUACUUGUAAAUGUAAAGCCUUUUUUUGGAAAUUCAAUGUAAAGACCUUUAUUGCGAUGCUCUAUUUUGCCAAUAUCCGCCAGAUUCGAUAAAGCAGAUAACUUUUACUAAAUGGCAUUUGGACAAAUGUAUGAAAUUACCUGCUGGAAAUGUUAAAGAACAUGAUUUAGAUAUGUAUAUUAGACUGAAGAAGAAUAGCAGAGGCUGCGACCCUGCCAUCCAUGAAUAUAUAAUUUUUUUUUAUCUAUAAUGUAUAUUUUAUGUGUAUUUUUGCUAAAACAUACAUACAUGUGAUCGCUUGAAAGAAUGUUUGUUAUUGAAAAUAUUUCAAUGUGAAUUGACAAUGUGCUGUAUAACUGAUGAUGAAUCAUUUCUCUACAUCAACCCAAAGAGCAGUAUCCAUGUAGUCAAGCAGGCUUACAAUUUUAUUGACCAUGUAUUUUGAGAAUAUGAGAUAGUACUAUGUCAUAUAUUUGAUGUGAAACCAGAUUAUAAUUGGUCAAACAUGCCUU